UGGCUUGAGUUUAAAUGUUCUUAAUGUUGUAUCUUUUUUUUUUCCUAGGUGAAUGUUGGAUGUGUACCCAAAAAGGUGAUGUGGAACACAGCCGUCCACUCUGAGUUCAUGCACGAUCAUGGUGACUAUGGCUUUCAAAGUUGUGAGAGUAAAUUCAAUUGGCGUGUGAUAAAGGAGAAGCGCGACGCCUACGUGAGCCGCCUGAACACCAUCUAUCAAAACAACCUCACUAAGUCCAAUAUAGACAUCAUCCAUGGCUACGCAGCAUUCACAAGUGAUCCCCAGCCCACGGUAGAGGUCAAUGGGGAAAAGUACACCGCUCCUCACAUCCUGAUUGCCACGGGCGGCGUGCCCUCGCUGCCCCGUGAGAGCCAGAUCCCUGGUGCAAGCCUAGGCAUAACCAGCGAUGGGUUUUUUCAGCUGGAAGAGUUGCCAAGGCGCAGUGUCAUCGUGGGUGCCGGUUACAUCGCUGUGGAGAUAGCCGGGAUCCUGUCCGCCCUGGGCUCUAAGACAGCGCUCAUGAUACGGCAUGAUAAGGUACUUAGAAAUUUUGAUUCUCUGAUCAGUUCCAAUUGCACGGAGGAGCUCCAGAACGCUGGUGUGGAGGUCCUGAAGUACUCACAGGUCAAGGAAGUUAAAAAAACUUCCACAGGCUUGGAACUCAGCGUGGUUACUGCACUUCCUGGGAGGAAACCCACCUUGACCUCCAUUGCAGAUGUGGACUGCCUGCUCUGGGCCAUUGGGCGGGACCCAAAUUCCAAGGGCUUGAAUUUAGACAAGCUGGGAAUUCAAACUGACGCGAAAGGCCAUAUCAUAGUAGAUGAGUUCCAGAACACCAGUGUCAGAGGCAUCUACGCAGUUGGGGACGUGUGUGGAAAAGCUCUUCUGACGCCAGUUGCAAUAGCUGCUGGCCGGAAACUUGCCCAUAGACUUUUCGAAUGCAAAGAAGAUUCCAAAUUAGACUAUGACAACAUCCCUACUGUGGUCUUCAGUCACCCGCCUAUCGGGACAGUGGGGCUCACUGAAGACGAGGCCGUUCGUAAAUACGGAAAAGACAACGUGAAGAUCUAUUCCACUGCCUUCACCCCAAUGUACCACGCAGUGACCACCAGGAAAACAAAAUGUGUGAUGAAGAUGAUUUGUGCUAAUAAAGAGGAAAAGGUGGUCGGGAUCCAUAUGCAGGGGAUCGGCUGUGAUGAAAUGCUGCAGGGUUUUGCUGUCGCAGUAAAAAUGGGAGCAACAAAGGCCGACUUCGACAACACCGUUGCCAUUCACCCUACCUCUUCAGAAGAGCUGGUCACACUCCGCUGAGAGCCCGGAGACUCGUGCAGCUGGGUUUGGACCAGGACACCUUCUGAGACGAACCACACUAUUGUGUUUACUUCCUGUUCUCGUUUUAUGUAUUUCCUUAUUUUAAUCGGGAUCUUCCAACAGGGGAAAUUUUUGGUAAAGAACAGAACUUACUUAUGUAAUCAGAAAUGUGUUGUUUUAAUUCCACGGUUGAUUUUCAUUUGAUCAGAUCUCAUGACGAUUCAUGUUUUAAAGUCUUUUUAUUAACAGCUCUCUACAAGUUGGCUUUAUGUUGUUCGUGUAGCCUCAUCCCAAAUAUAAAACUGUAUGAAGUGUAAUGAAGUUCAUGUACUGGAAGGAAUAUAGCAUGCUAGUUCUUACAGAGGAAAAUAGGGACAAAGCUUUAUAUUUAAAUAACACAAGAGCAAGAAUCUUUUUAUUUUUUGAAGCCAGUACAGCGCUCUGCAUAUUGCAAAGCUGCUUCAAGGAUGUGACCUUUCUCUCAUCUCCUAUUUUAUUCUUUUUGUUUGUUUUAAAUGGUUAAAAAUUGGUUUAUGUUCCUUUCUUGAGAUGAGGCACAUAAGCUCUGGAGAGAUUUGAGGAGUCCCGUUAACUGUCUGAGAGUCAGUCUGGGAAUGGUUGGUGCUUUCAGAAGGUGGAUUCGAAUACUUCAAAAGUUCCUUUCUCGCUGUGUUCACAGCUCAGCCAGUAACCUUAGCAUUUGUAUCUGUUCCUGUCAUUUUGUUUUCUUCUGACAGAUGUUCCAAAUACUUGCAAAUCACAGCCUUUUCUUCUUAUAAAAUUUGUUGUGAAUUUAAUGCCAGUUUAUGUUCUAAGGAUGUUUUACCUUGGCAAAUCAAACGCCAACACAUGGGGGGGAAGGGUGUCUCUUAAAAAUAAAGACCUGACUUGUAAUAAAAAAAACA